UCGUCUGAGCCACUGAUAAACAUUAAAAUUAAAAAAUAAAUAAAUAACAUUACUUCUAUGUAUAUAUAUAUAUAUAUACACUCGUAUAAAAUACUUCCCAACUGUUAUUAGUGUAGACGGGUCAUGAGUGGAUGGUUGGAGGCCGCGGGUAUAAAGUGAACAAUGACUCUCCACUACCCCAGUUAUUUCCCAAGUUAUUUCAGCAUUAACGACAUUUUGGCCACCAAUGAGAGGGUCCCUUGUAAAUUUGAGCGAACUGCUUAUGGUAUAGGUUUCCUUGAUCCCUCCAGUGGUAAUAAAGACCUAGAAAGCGGGACCAAGCUUGAGCUGCCGUGCUGGCUGGCCCGAGCGUUAUAUUCCCGUCGACGUAUUGUCUCCUGCCAUCUGCCCAAAAUAUUCAAGGAGAAAUACAGGGAAAUUCUGAAAGCUGAUGCAAGUUUGGUGGAUCUACACAUGUUGUCUCCACACUUCUAUGAGUUGGGCCAACACCUGUUACCUCUUGCUGGUACUGAGGCGCCAGAUCUAGGCACACUGCUAGUAGAGACGCUGAGAGAACGUCUACGGGGAAUUAUGGACACGUCUCUAAACUCCCUCGAGGACGACGCCAACUCUCACAUGGUCAAGUUGGACGAACUGGAGAAAUCUCUCUUCCAUACUGGGCGCAAGACCUUCCGCGACCACCAACUGUGGUUGUCCCGCAGAGCUCACAUUGUCACCACAUCCCCUAUGGUGGAACAACACAACAAGAGGAAAUUUUCUGAACUGUCUUAGUUACGGUAAAUUUUGCUUACUUUUACUGGUAGUGUAAUCUGCUUUUAAAAUUUGUAUGUAUGUACUGUGUAGCUUGUGUUAAUGGUUUCCACUAUCCAAGAUUUAUUACAGACUAGUGUUGAUGAUGCUAAGAAUGUCUCGCACUUUGGGUUUUUUUUAGAAUUCUUGACUCAAGAUUUGGAGUAGUUUACAUUCUGUGUGAUACUGUACUUGACAGAGAUCAGCUCUUGUUAAAUGGAUUGUCGUCACAUCACUACUCGUUGAUCAUUGGAUAGGUUAGGUUAGGCAGCUCUCUAAAAUAGUCUUCACUUUUCUUUUGACAGUUAGCCAUGGAGUAGCUUAGAACACAAUGUUAAACUUAUUCCAUGGCCAGUGAAUGAUUGCUUCAGUAACAGUCUUGACUAAUUAUUGUCUCGGUGACAGUCUUGACUAAUUAUUGUCUCUGUAACAGUCUUGACUAAUUAUUGUCUCUGUAACAGUCUUGACUAAUUAUUGUCUCUGUAACAGUCUUGACUAAUUAUUGUCUCUGUAACAGUCUUGACUAAUUAUUGUCUCUGUAACAGUCUUGACUAAUUAUUGUCUCUGUAACAGUCUUGACUAAUUAUUGUCUCGGUGACAGUCUUGACUAAUUAUUGUCUCGGUGACAGUCUUGACUAAUUAUUGUCUCUGUAACAGUCUUGACUAAUUAUUGUCUCUGUAACAGUCUUGACUAAUUAUUGUCUCUGUAACAGUCUUGACUAAUUAUUGUCUCGGUGACAGUCUUGACUAAUUAUUGUCUCUGUAACAGUCUUGACUAAUUAUUGUCUCUGUAACAGUCUUGACUAAUUAUUGUCUCUGUAACAGUCUUGACUACCGGUAAUUAUUGUCUCGGUGACAGUCUUGACUAAUUAUUGUCUCUGUAACAGUCUUGACUAAUUAUUGUCUCGGUAACAGUCUUGACUAAUUAUUGUCUCGGUGACAGUCUUGAGCCAUUUUAUAAUAUUGCUCUCCUGUUAUUGUUAUCAGUCUUGAGUACUAAACAUUUCACCAAGUCAUAAAUGUGUUGUCCAUCAUCUCUCCACCGGGGCUGAAUGUUUUAAGAAAGAGAUAAGACUGUAUAUAGAGCAAAGACACUUGGAAACACCAAGAUUUUUUUUAUAAAAUAUUUGUAGAUACAGUAUUUUAUUACUUAAUAUUAUUUGAUGAUUUAUUAAAAAAAAUGUAUAAUUGUGAAUGGUCAAAAGCUUAUGAUACCUAUACAGUAAUUUGAAUAAUACUGGAUUUUGUCUAUCGCAAAUUAUUUAUUGUAACAAUUGAUAGUGAUUUUUAGUAACUGUAUUACUGGAUAAAGAAGGAAUUAAUAAAAGGUAAUUUUUUUUUCGUUAAAAAGAAGUUUCAAUUUUAUUCAAGAAACUUUAGGUACAGUAGAUAGGUUAGGCGGGGUAUCUAUCAGUAGUACCACAUUGGAAACACCGUUUCUUGUCCAACUAGUGAAGUUAAGCAGCGUUGGGUCUGGUUGGGUGAGGUCAGGUCAUCAUUAACUGACAGUAGAUAAUUGUGGGAAAAUAUGAAAUUUUUAGAGUCGACAAAGUGGGCAUAAAUUAAUAUACAGUAAUGCCAUUCACUGGUUAAUAUUCCUGGUUAUUGUUAUUACUGUAGUAUCAAUGCUGACUGACUGUAAACACUGCGUCUUGUCUGAACAUAAGAAAAUAAGGAGUCUGCAAUAGGCCGGUUGGCCUGUGCAUAGCAGCUCCUGUCGAGAGUUACUACCACUCUCUAUCAUCCAUGCAUC